AUGAUAAAAGUAGCUGAAAUAGGGAUAACUGAUAUCGAUGCUUUUAUUGAAUGCAUUCCUCCCAUAGUGGUGAUAAAGGGUUCCAUGAUAAAGGCUUUCACUGUCGGUUUUCAUAUAAAUCAUUUUCAAGUACUUUUAAAACGUAUUGAAGAAGAUUGGCGAAAUUUAAUAGAUGUUAAAGAAAUGGCAAUUCUUUCAAAAUAUGCUGAAACUGGCCGGAAAUUUACGAUAUGUCUACAUAACUUUCACAACAUUAUUAUAUCUGUCAUUACCUUUAUCGCCAAUCUUUCUUAACAUUUUAUCACCGUUAAAUGAAUCACGAAAAAUGGAACUUCUUUUUUGUACGGAAUAUUUUGUUAGCGAAGAAGAAUAUUUUAAUGAAAUUUUGUUUUAUGAUUAUGCAAUUACUGUAUUAGUAGUUGCAGUAUUAAUUGCAACUGAUACGAUGUAUAUGAUGUAUUCAGAACAUGCUUGUGGUAUAUUUGCAAUUGUAUGUUAUCGAUUAAAUAAUAUAGGUAAAUGCGAGAAUACAGAAGAAAAAUAUGACAACAAUUUUCUUAAUAAAUCAAAAGAUGAUAAUUAUGACAAAGCACAGGAUGAAAAACAUUAUCAAGAACUUUCAUUAUGUGUCAAAAGACAUAAACAUGCCAUUGAAUUCGUUGAAUUACUCCAAACAUGUUAUACAGAAUCUUUAAUAAUACUAUUAAUAAUUAAUGUAGUAGGCAUAAGCAUUACAGGAGUUCAAACUAUAAUCAAUAUACAUAAUUUGUCAGACGUAUUCAGAUUUGGUUUUUUAACAAUAGGUGAAGCAUUUCAUCUUUUUUUCUUGACAUUUCCAAGUCAAAGGAUAAUAGAUCACAGUGCUAAAGUAUUUGAAAAUAGUUACAACUCACGUUGGUACGUACUUUCCUCGAGAUGCAAAAGAACGCUUAGUUUAAUACUAUUACGUAGUAUGACACCAUGCCAAUUAAUGGCUGGUGGAUUAUAUUCUAUGACAUUAGAAAAUUAUGUUUCGUUCAAACGGCUAUGUCUUACUUUACGGUAUUAUCAUCGGUACGAUAAGAUCUGUGUAAAAUUGCAACACUAAGCGAAUUUAGAACCAUUACUACAAUUAAAAGUCAUCUAUGUACUAUUGUUAAAUAUUAAUAGUUAAUUGUAAUAAAAGAAUUUAAACAUCAUAAAAAAUUCAUGAGAGGUGUGAGUAAUAUUUAAAUAAACAAACAAAAAAAAAGAACAAACCAAAGAAAAUAUUUAAUAUGAUAUAAGAAAUAACAAGAAUUAGAAGAUGGGAAUAAUGUUUGAGAGAAAGAGAGAGAAAGAGAGAGAGAGCAACGAUUGAUGAAACAUGUUAAUAUGAAAGCCAUAACGAUUAAUGUAUGUAACUAUCUUUUAUUUUCUUAUCAAUUUUAUUAUCGGACAAAAAUACCGGCAGAAGAUA